AUGCUUGAACAUCUUACUCAUGAUAAAUCAUGGUUCAAUAAAUAUGAAUGUGAUCAAGCUGAAUAUACUCAUUAUGUAGUGUUUAGUGACAAAUCCGUUAAAGGCACAUGUCAAAAAACACAACAGCAUGCUGGUGGAAACGAGACGGCAACUAGCCAGUCGAAAGAAGCUAGUUCAAAUAGUUCAUGUGAAAAAAUACACGAUGUACGUAAAGUUACACAUUCAACAUUGGAAUCAUCAAACAAACCUCAACAACCGCAAGAACAAUUUAAACAAGAAGGGGAG